AUGAGAAAUAGUACAAAAAUCCAAGACUGUUUACAAGAAACUGACGAGGAAGAUGAAACUGUAUUGUCAACCGGAACAAAUUUUGUAGCACUGCAGUUCGAAUUUUUACUUGGACAAAGUAGUAUAAGUAGUAUAGUUCGAGAAACGUGCCAAUCUUUAUGGGAGACCUUACAACCCCAAGAAAUGCCAGAACCUAACCCCAACCAAUUGCUAGAUAUAGCCAAAAAAUUUUAUUUAAAAACCACCUUCCCAAACUGCAUUGGAGCAGUCGACGGGAAGCAUAUCCGUUGUGUUAAUCCAAAUAAUGCAGGGUCACUAUUUUUUAACAACAAAAAAUAUUUUUCCAUUGUGCUAAUGGCUGUAGUGGACGCUGAUUAUUGUUUUAUUACUAUUGAUGUCAGUACAUAUGGUAAAGACAGUGACACUCCAAUUUUCAAAGAAAGUCCAUUCGGAAAAAAACUCUACUCUGAACAGUUGAAUUUACCAGCACCUACUUGCUUACCUAAUACAAACAACAGUCCACAGUCUUACGUCAUUAUUGGGGAUGAAGCAUUUGGUUUACAUAGAAAUCUUUUGAGGCCAUACCCCGGGCGACGUCUUACAUUUAAACGAAAAAUAUUUAACUACCGCCUAUCCAGAGCUCGAAGAUACGUUGAAUGUGCGUUUGGUAUAUUGGCAAACAAAUGGAGGGUUUUAAAUAGUGCUAUGUUAGUUGAACCUAAUUUUGCGGACGAUGUGGUAAAAGCGUGCUGUAUUUUAGACAAUUAUGUCAGACGUAGGGAUGGGGAGAUUUAA